AGAAAAACAAAAAUCGAAACGCCUGCCCGGAAACUCCAAAUUUCAACUCUCUCUCCUCCGUAAGCGAAGAUGGAUCGCCACCGCCUCCUCCUCGCUCUGGCGGCUCUCCUCGCCGCGCUCGCCGCCGCGCGCUCCGAGGCCGACGGCACCAUCUACGACCACCUCCGGCGCUUCGGCCUCCCCAUCGGCCUCUUCCCCAAGGGCAUCACCGACUACUCCGUCGACCCCGCCACCGGCGAGUUCCGGGUCAGCCUGACGCAGCCCUGCAACGCCAGGUUCGAGAACGAGGUCCACUACGACCUCAACGUCACCGGCACCCUCCAGUUCGGCGAGAUAGGCGGGCUCUCCGGCGUCUCCGCCCAGGAGCUCUUCCUCUGGUUCCCCGUCAAGGGCAUCCGCGUCGACGUCCCCAGCUCCGGCGUCAUCCACUUCGACGUCGGCGUCGCCGACAAGCAGUUCUCCCUCUCCCUCUUCGAGUCCCCUCCCGAUUGCACCGCUGUCAAGCCCGACGACGACGAUCCUGAUCAUCCCGAUCGCAAUGAUCCCCAGCUCUCUCUGCAUGUCCAGGAGAACGUAUUAAGGGCCGUCUCAUAGGUUGUGACCAGAAGAUGAGGAGCAAUAUAUGAUAGCUCAGUUGCUUACGGAUCCUAGUCUGUAAGAAGUCUGCUUUGGUAGGUCUAUGCUUUUGAUAUACAUGUGCUUAGUGCUUUCAUGUAGACUUUUGGGCCGAAAUCUAUCUUUAAAGGAGGAAUGGUGGCGAUUUUUGCAAAGAGGAGAGAGAAUGGAGUUGGUGAAAAUGAGGAGGAGAUGGGUUCUGACGAUCUGGUGGUCUGAUCAUUUCGUUUUGGCUUUAAUAAAGAUUUCUGGGCAUAGCCUCUGUAUCUUGUGAUUAAACAGACAGGACAAUGUUAUUCUCGUGUCAUCUGUAUAUGAAAACUGUUGUUUCGUUAUAAUUAUCCACUAAUAUAUGGUUUAGGUUGGUUUGUAUGGAA